AUACAAUUAUACUAAUCAUGUUGUCACUUCGAUUACUCGUCGUUGUCGCUGCUCUCCUGGUUUUAUUACUAGUUGUUGACUCUUCUCCCAAUGGUCCGAGACGUCCUGACCGUAGACGUUUCCCCUUUAAAUAUCAUGACAGGAUCUGUGAUGAUUAUCAUCUUCCUGAUCACGCCUAUUGGGUUAUUACUGAAGACUGUGACAAGUAUAAUAGACCAUUCAGGUGUGACGACAGUCACUAUCUUCAAGUUACGACAGAAUGUCACUAUGGGAAAUGGAAGUUGAGCUACGAGUGUAUAGCUACAGGAAACAAUACUGGAGGGAGUUCUCAAAGAGGCUCGGGCUAAACUUUGAUGACCCACUGAUAAUAAAAUAUUAGUAUAGUAAUAUAG